AAGGUCUUUCUUUACGGUUGGUUCACCCUCCAAUGGCUGCCAUGGCUGGUGCAUUGCGGCCAGUGCACCGCGCUGAUCCGAAGGCAGGAGCCAGGUACUUAUCCUGGUCUCCCAUGGGGUGCAGGGCCCAAGCACUUGGGCCAUCCUCCACUGCCUUCCAGGGCCACAGCAGAGAGCUGGCCUGGAAGAGGGGCAACCGGGAAAGAAUCGGGCGCCCAGACCAGGACUAGAACCCGGUGUGCUGGUGCUGCUAGGUAGAGGAUUAGCCUAUUGAGUUGCGGUGCGGGCCUCACUAGUUUUUGAUUCCAAGUGAGAUUUAUGGCCAACUAUACCAUGACAAAAAUUAGGUGAAGCAUCUGCAAUAAGCAAUUACUAGGAUAUACAUGGAAAAGAGCACUGAAACAGAUACUAUUGGAUGUGACCUAAUUAACAUAAUUUAGCCACAUGUUACCUGAUAAGAUUUGGAAAAAUGUCUUAACUUGAUUUACAAAGGAUACAUAGAAAUUAAGAUGUUUAGAGUGAAGGAAAGGGCAGAGGAAACAGUGUUAUCAGGUAAGCCUAUACUGAUGCUUUGGGCAACUCCCUCCUUUACCCUCCCUCUCAGCAUUUUUUUUUUGUCCUAGAAGGAUGGAUAUAGAGGUUAGACACCAGCUAACAGUUGUUCUGUGCCACAUACAUACACCUCUCUCUCACAUUCAUGAAGUAAAUAAAAUUAUCCAUUAAUGAAGAAACAAAGGAUUCAAAAUCACACAGAUAAGUGGUGGCAGUAAAAUUGAAACCUAGAUCUCUUUGGCAAAAUUCCAGAGUCUCCAAUUAGGGAAACUAGUUGCAAGCCCUACAUAUCCACAUGGGCGUAUUUCUAUGAACUUUGGCAAGAUCCUUUCCAUCUCUGAGCCAUAGUUUUAUCAGGAAGAUCGGGUUAAUAAAAUUUACAGUCACAAUUGUUGUGAGUUCAGAUAAAGAUUUAUUUGAAGUACUUAGCCUUGCCAGGAGUUAUGAAUAAUUCUGUUGUUACUAUUGUAUUGUUGUUGUUAAUGCUGUUGAGAUUAUGAUGUCAGGCUUUCCAAACAUAAAGUCAGGAUUUCAUUCAAUUGUCCUGUGUGUAUUCAAGUCCAAAUAUGAGUGGGUUGCUAUUACUCAACUUUUCAGCUCCUUAUGAGCUAUUUAUUUGGAAGCCAAUAAAAAUAAAGUGAAUAUGUAAUGCUUUAAAGAUCACACCAGGGAAACACUUUGAACCUUAUUAUUUAAAUAUCAAUCUAGCUGGUUUGCUGAAAUAAACAUGAAAUUGAUGUAGAGACUUUUUGACUAAAUUAAGCCAAACAUGAGAUUCAUGUGUGUACCUGGCCACAAAAAGCCUGGAAAUAUUGCUGGUGAAGCAAAGACUCUUAACAUUUUCAGGAUAGGCCAAUAUGAUUGUGAUUUAAGGAGCUUUUCCUUAUACUUGGGCUGCUGCACACCUCAGUCAAAAACAAGCAUGUAGGGCUGUCAUUAUUGUCUUUCCUUCCCAUAAUAGGUAGUAUCAUCCUUUCCCUUGGGCUCUUAUUUCCUUCACUGUAAAAACAUCACUAGCAUAAUGAAAUGGGCAACAUGCUAUCAGAGAAUCACACAGUGCUGUGAGGUUGGUGUUCUUAUAAGACCCAUUUUUCUGUUAUUUCAAUACAGAAGUUCAGUCAGUUUUCGCAAGAUGGUGGAGAUCAUAUAUAUUUAUAUAUUUACUACCUAUGUUGUUCUGCCACAUCCAGACACAAACUUUUAGAGGCACUGAAGAGUGAGUGCAUCCUGACAGCAGCUGAGAAGGGUGAAAGAGAGGUAUGCAAGGAGGGGGUUAAUUCUUACCUAUAAAAAUGAGUUUACUUUCCUUAAUAAAAGAAAUCUAAAAUUGGCCAUUGUCUUCAUGUGAUGUCAACAACCAGCACUUCUGGAGAGUUUGAAAAUACUGGGCUCCAUUAUAAAAGCUAAAAAUGUCCUGGACCAGGAGUUGUUUACCCAGUGUAGGAGCCGCUCUAAAGUUACAGAGCUCUGGUUGGAAGAGGUGGCCUGAAAGCCGCCUCCAAGGAACUGACGUCACAGUAGUCUCCUCUGCUGCUGUGACACUGAGCUGAGUAGCUUUUUGACUUGAGAACGUGCUGAAGGUUUCAAAGGAACUUGUCGUUGCCGCUCUGUGGAAUGGCUGGACUGAUUCUGGAAUCCGUUUUCUCAUAAAGAUUCAAGAUUCUCCAAACUGAAACUCUUCUCUUUAAGAUGACUAGCUCUCCACUCUAUCUUCUUCCUUUGUGAGAUUGACCAGUGGUCAAGCAUCCGUAGGAAUUCCCCCCGGUGCAAAAAGGCUUUAUUUUAAAGGCAACUGAGACUGCUUCAGAUAAAAACAACUCUAAGCUUCCAAGAAACAGUUAAGAGAAGGCAGAGAGGAGCAGUAACACUUCUUCACUGACACUCACACUGUUGCCAUGGACCUACAUAAGCAGUGGGAGAACACAGAGACUGACUGGCACAAGGAGAAAAUGGAAUUGCUGGACCAGUUUGACAAUGAAAGAAAAGAAUGGGAAAGUCAAUGGAAGAUCAUGCAGAAGAAGAUAGAAGAGCUUUGUCAGGAAGUAAAGCUUCGGAGGAAAAUCAACAUGAACGAACGUGCUAAGAUGGUGGUUCUUGAUCAUGAAAAGGCCGCUCAAGAUACAACGGUGGAUCCUUCUUCAGAUUAUCCAGAGUCAGGACAACACGAACUUACCCGGAUGAAUCACAGGCAUGGUCUGGAAAAAGAAACGAAAACAGAGCAGAGUUCACUCGGCAAAGGAAAUCAAAUGUGUAAGGAACAAAAAGCAGCAAAAACCUCAAUAGGGUUUGUGAAUCCUUUGGGCACAGACAACCAUAAGGAAUGUGAGGCGUGGCCUGGUCUGGGGGCUUCUGAGAGAGAGAGCAGGAGCUGUGCUGGCGCCCUCAACAUAGCUCUUGAAGAACUUGCCAAAGUUAGUGAAGAAUUAUGCAGCUUUCAAGAGGAAAUUCGAAAGCAGUCUAAUCACAGAAGGAUGAAGUCAGACUCUUUUCUCCAGAAAAUGCCAACUGUGGUUAAUAUGCCUCCUGGGGACCACAUGAUCAACAAUGGCCAGUGCAUCCUUCCAGUCAAUUUAGUAAAAGGAAAAGCGAGAAAUAGGAAGAAUCUGAACUGUAUCAAUAUGCUCCAAAGCAAAUCAGUGGAAAGAAGUGGAAUCGAUCUGCAAAGAAAUGAAACCCCACCAGUUCCUCCUCCAAGGAGCACCUCUCGAAAUUUUCCCAUGUCAUAUUCCGAAAAAGCCUAUGAAAAUUUAAAGCACAUUUUAGACCACCACAGCUGGGUGACUCAUGAGGGUCCAGGUGAAUGCAACUGCAGUCCUCAUUCCCUUUUAAGGCAACGUGAGACGCCUACAUUGUGUCCAGAUGAAGGGAAGACUUUGAAAGAUGGCAUAUUUUCCUCUUUGGAAUUAGAAGUGAAAAUAGAUAGCAAGCCUCCAUGUAAUGAAAAUGUUGGUCUUAGCAUGGGGUCAUAUGACACUGGGAAAGAUGCCAAAAACAGCCCUCCUACUGUGUGGUUUCAGAAAACCUGCUCCACCCCCAAUAAGUCAAAAUAUGAAAACAUGAUCCCAGAUCCUCCUGCUCAAUCUCAUGCUGAUCUUCAUGUAAGUAAUGACUGUAGCUCUGUGGUGAUUCAGGGAAGUGGCCCACUUAGAAGUUUCAAUGGUGGUUUUGAAAGGACAACAAGGAAUGAAAAACUGGCAGCCAAGACUGAUGAAUUUAACAGAACUGUAUUUAGAACAGAUAGAAAUUGUCGUGCAGUACAGCAAAGUCAAAGCUACUCAGAAUCAUCUGAGGAUAUUAAGCACUGUGAUAUCUUAACCACAAAUCCAGGUAAUAUAUCCAAAAGUGACAGUGUAUCUGGUAGUCUGAAAACCAGUGCCCACAUGCCUGUGCCUAUGGGAAAUGUGCCUGAUAAUUCAACCAAGAAACUCACAACUGGUCUUGUCAGACAAAUGCCGGAACCCACAGGUCCUAGCAGUUAUCGGAAUAUGCUCCAUGAGCAUGACUGGAAACCAAAUAAUUUGUCAGGCCGACCAAGGUCAGCUGAUCCCAGGUCAAAUUAUGGUGUUGUGGAAAAGCUGCUGAAAACCUAUGAGACAUCAACAGGGUCUGCAUUGCAAAAUUCUAAGUGCUUCCAAGAUCAAUGGACCAAAUGUAAUUCUGAUGUCGGUAGUGGUGACACAUUAAGUCGGCAUUUAAAAAUGAUCCAAAUGGAACAAGAGUUUCAACGAAACCCAGCUAUUUGCGGGGUACAGCAAGUGAAGCAAGUAAUAGAUUGGAAAAAGAUAACAGAGGAAUCCCUGGCAGUGAAGGCCUUCCCUGGAAAAGGGUUUUCUCGACCUGCUAGACCAGCAAAUCGCCGCCUCCCAUCCAGAUGGGCAUCCAGAUCACCGUCAGCACCCCCAGCCUUACGGAGAACUGCCAACAGUUGCACCAUUUCUCUUCAAUCUGAAGCAAAGAUGGUCUAAGUCUCUGGCCUGGAUUGUUAGAUUACAAAAGCUCUAGUCCCAGUGGCCAAACAGCAUUAUGAGUGUUUACAGACAGUCCUGUUUUCUACUGUAUCUUUCAAGAUCACUGGGAGGAGUAAUUUAAAUCUUAACCUUCCAUCAGUCUUCAGUGUUUUUAAUCUGUGGAACAGUUAUCUUCCUGUGUUUUGAUUUCUUAGACCAGAAUUUUUAAUGUCACCCUCAUCAAUUUCCCAAUAUGAUUUCAGUUGAAACAAUGUGUACAGAUAUUGUAUAUUCUUUCUUGCAAGUGGCAGAAAGCAAGGUUAUGUGCAUGACCAUUUGUUUGUAGGUGCAUGUGUUGUCAUAGGAAGUAUCCUAGUAUGUGUUUAGAUAACAAAACUGUAUGUGCUAGUGUUCACUUUGAAAUUAUAACAUGUAUGCCUAUAUAUUCUUUGUGUUUAUUUAAAAGUUUUGAAAAUAUACAGUACUGUUUAUAUUUUGUAGACCUUUUAAUAGGUAUCCACUUAAGUUAUUUGAGGUAUACAUAUAUUAAUUAACCACUUCCAUGGCUGUCAACUUUAUUGAAAAAUAAUCAUUAUACACACGUCUAACACUGGUAGUUUUCUAAAUACGAGUCAUAGUUGCUUAAUCCAUGUAAGGAUGAACUAACAAUAUUGAUCUCCUUUUUUAAUCUUUCAAGUAAGUAUGUCACAAACCUAACAGAUCGACCUUCUGAAAUAGCAUAAAUAUUCAUAAAAGCUUUUAUGUAUCAUUUGGUAGUCUAGUUUGGCUCUGACAAUGUAUUGAUCCUCAGAGCUGGUUUCAUGAGACUGCCUUAUAAAUGACAUGACGAAAUAAUUUAUUUUGUCAAUCUCAGUGACAAAUAUUCCUUAAAGGGGAUGCAAACAGAAAUUAAACUAUGUUGAAGUUCUGCUUUUUGUUAAAAUUGUGGUAAGCUUUUAGUUUUGUUGCUUUAUCUAGAGUUAUACAUGACUAGAGGUAAGUUGUUCAUUUUUUCCUUUUUCUAAACUUUUCCCUAACAUUAAGAGAUAAAAGACUAAUUCACUGUUUUUACUAACAAGGAAAGCAGGAAUAAUAUUUCACUGAGCGCUGAACUGUAAUAUACUUCUUAUAGUGUGCUACAAAAAAAAAGCCUUAAACUAAACUUUGGCAUCCAUUGUAGCAUAAGAAUCAGAAAUGUAUAUUUUGGCAUUUCUACAAUUUAAAUACAGUGAACACCUAAGAUCCAUGUUCUCACUGAUAUAAAUAAGAAUGAUGAGGUGCUUGGAAUUCUACACAGAAGAUUUUAGAGGCAACUUUGCUCUUCACUGUCUAUAUAAUACAAAAAUAAUUAUGUUUUAUUAUUAUCAGUAAUUCUAUGUAAUUUUUAUUUUACUGCCAGAAAAGGUUAAGAAUUUCUUAUUCCAAAUGUAUUCAAAGAGCCUUCUCUUUAUUCUGACCAUUUAGAGAAUCUCACUUCAUUCUAUACCAUGCCCAAAGGUAAAGUAAACAAUUAUAAAAUAGCAAACUGCCUUAAAAGGCUAAAGACUGCAGCAUGGUGAUGGCCAGAUUCAUACUUUACCACAAGGUGACCUUCUAUUGUGAAGCUAAAAUAAUCUUCUAGGAUAAGAUUUUGGAUUGGAUGGUAAGUAAAGGCUAUCAAUCCACAAGUAAUCUAGAAAUCAAUUGAAAUCACUGUCAUUAUAUGCUUUUAAAGCAGAGGGGUGAAAACACUGGGAAGGUGGUAUUCUGGGUAAUAAAAAGAUGGACCUGUUAGGAAAAUGUUGCUGCAGUGGUGCCAAGACACCAUCCAUCACUGUAUUCCAGGCAGUUUUGUAUGAUCUGUGGCUCCUACCUUUACCUACAAGUCAGAAUAUUGAGGAUUUCUUUUAAAAAUGAAAUUAUUGCUCUUGUUGCAUAAUUACUAAUGCAAAAUUUCAAAGGGUAGGAACUAGGACUCUCUUAAAACAAAGCAAAAUACUUGAUGACCAGGAUGAUUUGCAAGAAAUAACACUGAUAUCUGAAUGAAAAGAUAACCUUGGGUAAUCUCUUUCCUUCCCUGGGACUUGCCAUUCCUACCUGUAAAUUAGAAGAGUUAUAUUGUCAGGCUUCCUAGUUUUAAGCCACUAACCACUUGAAUGAGCCAGUGGGACACAUUUUAAUAUCUUAUGAUGACAAAUCAGAAUAUUAGCCCUAAAACAUUUAGUAUCUAGUCCAACCCCUUGGUUAUACAACUGAAGAAAUUAAAUCAGCUUACUUGAAUGUUCUGCUUUUUAUUUAACAUGUUUUAUAAAUUUUUAUGGAAAAAUCUAUCGGGUAAAUGGAAGUUAUCCUUGGAAAAUAUUUUUUGAUGUAUUGUGAUUUUUAACUGGUCGUUUUUCUACUUUGGAUGGACAUUUUCUUCCCAACAACAUAUCCUUCAUUGUGACACCAUUUUUGGAUUUAAAUAUUGGAGUAGAAACUCUUAUAAUGAUAGAUGUGUUCCUUAGAAGGCAUUUGGGGGUUGGGAGUCUUACAUUAUUUCAACAGGAGAUUAUUGGCUAAUCUCAGAAAGGAAUAACAAUGAGGCAGAGAAGAGUCCUGUGUGAGUGUAUGUAUGUGCCUGUCUGUGCCAUCCUAACUUAAGCUCUUUCUGUUGCCCUUAUGUCCCUAACACAAAAAAUAUAAAUGAUGCUUUGUAUAGUUCACUUUCUCAAAACUUACCAUGAGUUUUAUUGACUUUUAUUUAGACAAUGAGAAUGAUCAUUUUUCAUUUUACAGAUUUUUCCAUAAAACAUAAUUCACUUCUACACAGAUUGAUUUUUACAAGGCUCCUUGUCAUCCUGAGGAAACACCUCAACCUUCAAGAUUAUCUGCUUCCUUAAAAAGAUCUUUAGAAUUAUUUUAGGCACAUUUGCUGAUAAUGAAAUCUCCUUCACUCAUUGGAAGCUAUUAAAUAAAAUAAGUGUGGAAAUA